AUGAUAAUUCGGCUAAUAGGGGACAGUUGGGUUCCAGAGGAUAAGCUGCUUAUCAGCGUCCGAGAAGACAGUGAAAUUAAAGCCUCUCUCCCCAACAUUAUGAAAAAGCUUUUGAUAAAGAGAAUAGGCGAGUACAAAUUAUAUUAUACUAUCGGGGAACGAAAAUGUGACUAUGCACGGCUUAUCGAUACUUAUUCCACGUGGAAGGAACUUGGAAUUUCUGGUGGGAGUGUUAUUUAUUUGAGUAAAAAAGAGCCCUCUGUAAUGGAGGAAUCAACCACGGCAAUGGACGUGUCGAAAGACAAGGAGGAGGAUGAGAGGCCACCGAGGAUGAAUGUCCUGGCGACGCAGGAAUCGGCUCCUAUUCUUCCCCCAAGUGUUUCCAUCGUUGCGACAGAAGUAGUCCCGGACAAGAAGUUGCCGACUCACUCCCAGCAAGAGUCCAGUCCCAUUCAUAUACCCACGCCCGAUGCUUCGCCUAUUCAGCUUGGGUCGUCACCUCAAGUAAAAAAUGUUUCUUUGCCAAUUCUGCCAUGUAGUGGUAAGGAUGAAAUAGAUUUUGUUGGCUCAGAUUCCACCUAUGGAAACCCCAACACGGCGACGCAGAGCUGCCGGUCUCAACCAAACUUAACCUCCGUUCUACAGAAAACCCAGUGUCAUGUUAACAAGAGUGAGGUUGCUGGAUUGUCUCUAGCACCAGAAGUCCUCCAUCCUUCUUUUUAUGAGUCUCGGGCAACAGCUUCGCCCUUGCCCGAAAAGUAUCCAGCGGACCGAGCGAAGCGUGAAGUAGUGCUGGGUCGCUGCGAGCGCACAGCCUACGUGGUUUCCUUGUAUGAGUUUGCUCAUCUAGAGUUACAACGGCAGCGCCGACGAGCGGAGCAAUUGCGUAGUGAGCCUCAAAGGGGCUUAUUGCGUUCGUCGACAUCUCAACCUCAACUGCUGUACAAAAUUUGA